GCGGAACCUUAGUUCGGGGCUGAGGGCCGCGGGAAGGAGAGGGCGGACACGGGGACACGGGGCGGAACCGGAAAUACCGACAGCGGCGGCACCAGAGCGGCGGAGGAGACUGAGCGCGAGCGGCGGCGACAGCGACAACGACAACGACAACAUGGCGACGACCACCAAGGUUCCCGAGGUGAGGGAUGUCACCAGAAUCGAGCGGAUCGGUGCCCAUUCCCACAUCCGUGGCCUGGGACUCGAUGAUGCCUUGGAGCCAAGACAGGUCUCGCAGGGGAUGGUGGGGCAGCUGAGUGCCCGGCGAGCGGCUGGCGUGAUUCUGGAGAUGAUCAAGGAGGGGAAGAUUGCGGGGAGAGCUGUCCUGAUCGCCGGCCAGCCCGGAACAGGCAAAACCGCCAUCGCCAUGGGAAUGGCUCAGGCUCUGGGACAGGACACACCGUUCACUUCCAUCGCCGGCUCAGAGAUCUUCUCCCUGGAAAUGAGCAAGACAGAGGCCCUGACGCAGGCCUUCCGCAGGUCCAUUGGGGUCCGCAUCAAGGAAGAAACGGAAAUCAUCGAAGGGGAAGUCGUGGAAAUCCAGAUCGACCGACCAGCCACCGGGACCGGGGCGAAGGUGGGGAAGCUGACGCUGAAAACCACCGAGAUGGAGACCAUUUAUGACCUGGGCACGAAAAUGAUCGAGUGCCUGACAAAGGAGAAGGUGCAGGCGGGGGACGUGAUCACCAUUGAUAAGGCCACCGGGAAGAUCAGCAAACUGGGCAGAUCCUUCACACGAGCUCGGGAUUACGACGCAAUGGGAGCUCAGACCAAGUUUGUCCAGUGCCCAGACGGGGAGCUGCAGAAACGAAAGGAGGUGGUUCACACAGUGACACUGCACGAGAUCGACGUCAUCAACAGUCGCACACAAGGCUUCCUCGCCCUCUUCUCCGGUGACACCGGGGAGAUCAAAUCCGAGGUCCGGGAGCAGAUCAACGCCAAGGUGGCGGAGUGGAGGGAGGAGGGAAAAGCAGAGAUCAUUCCCGGGGUGCUGUUCAUCGAUGAGGUUCACAUGUUGGACAUCGAGUGUUUCUCCUUCCUGAACCGGGGGCUGGAGAGCGACAUGGCUCCUGUGCUCAUCAUGGCGACCAACAGGGGAAUCACCAGGAUCCGUGGCACCAGCUACAAAAGUCCUCACGGAAUCCCCAUCGAUUUGCUGGAUCGUCUUGUCAUUAUCUCCACCUCACCCUACAACGAGAAGGAGACCAAACAGAUCCUCAAGAUCAGGUGCGAAGAGGAAGAUGUGGAGAUGGGCGAGGACGCCUACACUGUGCUGACCCGAAUCGGCCUGGAAACCUCACUGAGGUACUCCAUCCAACUCAUCACAGCCGCCAACCUGGUCUGUAAGAAACGCAAAGGCACUGAGGUGCAGGUGGAUGACAUUAAGAGGGUUUACUCCCUCUUCCUGGAUGAGUCGCGCUCCACUCAGUACAUGAAGGAGUACCAGGACGCCUUCAUGUUCAACGAAAUGAAGACGGAGUCGAUGGAGGUUUCGUGACGGGCCGGGGGGGGGGUGCGAGGCCGGGCUCUGGCGGGUGGUCACUUGUUUGCAGUUUCACGUUCUGUUUUACACUGAAAUGGUGGGUUUUUUUGUACAAUAAAUGUUAACGUUCCCUUAACUUUAA